UCAUCCAUCUCCUAAUAACAAAAUGAACCAAUACUAUCAACAACAACAGCAGCAGCAGUACUACUACUACCAACAACAACAGCAACAAUACUACCAGCAACAACAACAACCACAACAAUCAAACUCACUCAUCUCAUCAGUCAACCAAGCCAUCCAAAACCAUCUACCAAACAACUACCACCACCACCACCCACAAACUCAAGUUCAACCUCAACCUUUCCAAUUUCCACCCCAACAGUUUCAAUACCAACAGCCGUACUAUCAAUAUCCAUAUCCACCUGCCACCACCUCCCAAGGCUACUCCAUCUCUCCCACCGCUCAUCCUGCCCCACCAUACCAACCAUACCCACCCCCUAAUAAUCGUCACCAACAAAAUCAUCAUCAAAAUCAAAAUGAUAAUAGCAGUAAUAAAAGACCAAAGACUCAUCACAAUCAACUCGAGAAGUUUCGAUGCGAAGAAUGUCGACAGGAUUAUUACAAUCUGAUGGAUCUAUCAAACCAUCUCAGAAACCACAUCAAGUGCGAUUAUCAAGACUGUAAAUUCGAGGCGAUCCAAAAUAUCUUAGAUCUUCACAGGGAGGACCGUCAUCUGAUUUUUAAACCUGGCAGAGAACCUAAAAAAGCAAAUCCCAAACCGGAUGGACCAUUGAAUGCGACGAUCCAAGGACUGGGAUACGCGUUAAAGACUCAAGAAGAAAUUGACAAUUGGAUUCAAGAACGCAAGAAAAAGUGGCCCACCAAAGCAGUCAUCACACAAAAGAAAGCUCACGCAGAAGAAAAAAAGCAGAAAAUCCUAUCCGAGCUUUCCAACAAGCAUAAAAACGAGCACAAGAACCGGAGACGGGUGUGGGUCAGGAACGACCAGCUCGACGAUCCAGUAAGUACCGUUAGAAGAGCCGGUCCAAGUUCGACGAAGCCGGAUCAUCGUCAAGGAGAAAGCCAUCAAUUGGAUGGCAACGAGAGUUCAUCAAGUGGAUCAGAUCUCGAUCCCGUGAAAGAUGCCGUGUCUAGUAAAAUCAUCCCUCCCGUCACCGGCCCUUCUUUUACACAAUCUUCUUCCUCCUCCAAUCCUGGGCCAAAUAAGAAUCACCAAACUUCCCAGCGACAAGACCAUCCUAAUAGACCACAUCAAAAGUCAUCCUCUUCCAACCGUCGAAACGACAAUUCUUCUUCCGCCCAUUUGUUUCUGGACCGGUCUGGCCUGUUCUCCAAGUUGAUCGAAAAAGACGUCGAACAAGACGUCUCUGAUCUGUACGAUGUCAUCGAUUUUCUUACCCGGAACUCGUUCCUUGAUGGAUUCCAUACUCAGAUCCUUCAUCCAACUCAUACAGAACCUCCAAUCCAAGAAGUUCUUGAAUGAAGCUAUCAUUGUCAUUGAUAUCUUAGGGAUUCAAAAUUUCAAUCUAGUUAUUAUUUAUUUGGUGUUUCUAUUGGAAGAAUGAGAAGUAUUGGGUGGAUUAAUUAUAUUUGUAAAAAAAAUUGGGGAGACGUUGAUCUCGAGAGUUGAAAAAAGAAAUGGAAGGCUUAUGAGCCUG